CGCGCACCGGCCCUUCCCACCAAGAAGCGAAGAGCGAAGGCCACCAGUUCAGAACCACACCUCACCGGCAAUGGCGACUCGCCGGCAGCAUCGCCGCGCCUUCCCGCUCGUCCCGCUCCUGCUCUUCCUCCUUUCCGCCGCCGCAUAUGGUCGGCUCAUCUCCGACGGCACGCCGUCCCCUCCCCUCGUCUCCGUGAUCCGCCUCUCCUCGGCGGCCGACAAGUGCGAGCAGUCGUACGGGUUCCUCCCCUGCACCACCACCGUGCUCGGGAACCUCUUCCUGGUGCUCACGUACGGGUUCCUCAUGUACAAGGCGGCCACGUACCUGUCGGCGGGGAGCGAGCUGCUUCUCGAGAUCAUGGGGCCAGGCCUCGUCGGCGGCCUCCUCCUCCCCAUCCUCGGCGCGCUCCCCGACGCGCUUCUCGUGCUCGUAUCCGGUCUCUCUGGGAGUAGAGAGACCGCACAAAGUCAGGUCCUCAUCGGAAUGGGGCUGCUUGCUGGUUCCACCGUCUUCCUCCUCACCCUGCUUUGGGGAUCCUGCGUCAUCGUUGGCAAGUGUGACCUCGGGCCAAACAGUGUUGCAGUUGAUUCGCAGGACACCAAGGGCUUCAGCUUGACUGGCACUGGCAUUUCUACUGAUGUGCAGACCAGUUACGCAGCGCGGAUCAUGGGGCUAUCUGUUAUCCCCUUCAUCGUCGCUCAGUUCCCCAAGAUGUUGAAGACCCACCACGGGCAGCGCCUAGCUAUCUUGCUGGCCCUUAUCUUAUCAUUCUUGUUCGUGCUUUCCUACUGCCUGUAUCAGGUUUUCCAGCCCUGGAUUCAGAGGAGGAAACUCGCAUACGCGAAGCACAAGCAUGUCAUCUCCGGGAUCCUGAGGCACGCCCAAAUGCAAUCGCUUGGUCGACUGCUCAACGAGGACGGCACACCCAAUGAAUCCGUCAUAAGAAAGCUGUUCCACAAGAUCGACAUGGACCGGAGCCACUCCCUGUCUCGGGCAGAGCUGCACGCGCUCAUCAUUGGGAUCAACUUCGAGGAGAUUGACUUCGACAAGGAAGACGCCGUCAACAAGAUCAUGGACGACUUCGACACGUCUGGCAAUAACACUGUAGAGGAGGAGGAGUUCGUGCAGGGGAUGAAGAAAUGGCUCAACGAGGCCAAGCGCAGCAUUCCGGCCGGCGGCGCCUUCUCCCACAAGUUCAUCAACGACUACCACGCGAGGACGAGAGAGGAGCACGACCAGCUCAUCGACAGGUCCGACGAGGCGGUGGAGAGCGUGGAGAACCCGGGCUGGUGCAUCGCCAACGCCGUGGGGCUCUUGCUCCUCGGCACCGCCAUCGCCGCCGCGUUCGCGGACCCGCUCGUCGACGCCGUCCACAACUUCUCCAACGCCACGCACAUCCCGUCUUUCUUCAUCUCGUUCAUCGCCCUCCCGCUGGCCACCAACUCCAGCGAGGCCGUCUCCGCCAUCAUCUUCGCCAGCAGGAAGAAGCAGAGGACCUCCUCCCUCACCUUCUCGGAGGUGUACGGCGGCGUGACGAUGAACAACACGCUGUGCCUGGGCGUGUUCCUGGCGCUCAUCUACAUCCGGAACCUGACGUGGGACUUCUCCUCGGAGGUGCUCAUCAUCCUGCUCGUCUGCGUCAUCAUGGCCCUCUUCACCAGCUUCCGGACCACGUUCCCGCUCUGGACCUGCUUCGUGGCGUACUCGCUGUACCCACUGUCGCUCGUCGUCGUCUACAUCCUCGACUACGUCUUCGGCUGGUCAUAGGCUCGUGCUCCUGAAGUUAAGUGAACGCCUGGUUUUUCGCGGCCACCGGUGUUUCGGUUUGAUCUUUUUGUAAUUUGGACUCUUGUGAUUUAUCUGUCCAGACUCUGCAAAGCUGUUUCUCAUGUUGCUGUAACCACGCUGUACUUUGAAUC